ACGACCGCAGAUAAACUUUUAGGUCUCCGUUGAUAACAAUGACUUCAAUUGUGCUGCUUUAAAUUCCUUAUCAUUACUACACCGAACUUCGGCUGUUGGCUACUUAUCGUGUAGUUUCUGUUUUAUUUAAUGUUACAUUACAUAAAUUUAAAAAUGACCGGUCAAGUAUCUUUUUUCGCCUUACUUUUCUUAGCUGUAAUUUCGGUUACUCUUGCUUGGUCCGACUGUGGUUCCGUCGUUGGCACCCUAUCCGACGUCCAAGUUAAUAACUGUCCACCAAAUGCGAGAAGAUGUACUUUAAGGCGUGGCAGUAACGCAACCAUGACUAUUUCAUUUACACCAAAGGAGGACUCUGAUACAGUUAAAGCCGUAGUUCAUGGAGUAGUUAUGGGAGCACCGGUACCUUUUAAUUUGCCAAACCCCAAUGGAUGUUCCGAGUCAGGGAUAGAAUGUCCCGUGAAAAGUGGAAACGUAUAUAAAUAUUUCACCAAUAUGCCGGUUCUAACUAGUUAUCCUAGGAUGACAGUUGAUAUUAAAUGGGAACUACAGGACUCCGCAGGCAAAAAUAUUAUCUGCGCAAUGAUCCCAGCCAAACUCCAAUAAAUUUAUUAGGGAAGCGAAUUACACAAUUUAAGCCAGUAUUUCCAUUAAUUUAAUCUCGAUAACCUUUUUGGCUCAGUCAAAUUAUCUAAGAUAAAGUAUUUUUAUUUAAUUCACGUUUUCGAUUAUGGUGAUGAAAUGUAUAUAAACUACAAUUUAUUAGGUUGCGCUAUAAUGAUAAAAUAUUGCUUAUAAUUAUAAUAAUAAUAAUUUGUUUCAAUGUACAAAAUUAUAUAUUCAGAUAUUUUACAGUAGCUAUUUAUAAAUAACAAGUCAAUUUAAAAUUGUAAUUAAAUAAAAUGUUUAUUAAUAAUUGUUUGUGUGUGUAGUCAAAAGGAUUCUGCCAGGAUUAUCUGAAAUAAAACCCCCGAUGUUAAUAAUUAAA